UCUCUCUCUCUCUCUCCCUCUCUCUGUCUGUUGUUCAUUCACUCAUACACACACUCCAUCCACACGUACUUGACAGACACACACAGCAUGUAGACACACUUUCUAAUCCAUUCACCUUCCUCGCUCACACACUCACAGUUUCUUCUUACAACCUUGAGGUUUAUUUUCACCCUUUCCCUGCCUAGAGAGUCUGGAGAAGAAUCUACGCCACCUCAACUUUAAAACUGCCGUUACAGAGAACAAGAGAGAAGGAAAGAGACAGAACAAGACAAAAAAAAAGAAAAAGAAAAGAGGCUGGAGAUGCACUGAAGGGCUCAGAAGGAAUAGAGAAGAAUGAAAGUCCCUGAAAACAUCAGAACGAAGCAUUCAGACGCAUUUCAAGAGAGAAGCUGACUGAAGAAGAGAAAGUUCAGAAAUUAACUUGACGAAACUGUGCAAAUCAACAGCUGCUGUGUGUGUUCGUUGUGUGCCGCCCUUGACCUGACUGGACUGACGCCAUGCUGUGGACGCUCCUCCUGGCUUUGAUCCUACUGCUGUUGCUCCAGGCACAGCUGCUUGUUUGUCUGCAUGAACUCCGAGCCUCUUUGACCUCAGUGACAUCAGCGACCCCUUCUGGAACUUCCAAUGCCUUGACUCUGCAACGUCUGCCAGGGGCAAUCAUCAUCGGGGUGCGCAAGGGAGGCACCAGGGCCCUGCUGGAGAUGCUCAACCUCCAUCCAGAUGUAGAAGUAGCCAAGACCGAGAUCCACUACUUCAACCUGGAUGAAAACUUUCGGAAGGGUCUGGACUGGUACCGUGCCCAGAUGCCCAUCACCCUCCCUGGGCAGCUGACUGUGGAAAAGACCCCUGGCUACUUCACAGCACCAGCGGCCCCAAGGAGGAUAUGGGCCACAAAUCCAGCGGUGAAACUGCUGCUGAUCGUUCGCGACCCUGCAGAGAGACUCGUGUCGGACUAUACACAAGUUCUCCACAACCGAAUUCAGCAGAACAAGCCAUACCAGCCACUCGAAGAGAUGCUAGUAUCACAAGGACACAUCAACACCAAAUACAAGGCCCUUCAGAGGAGUUUUUACUACCAGCACCUGGCCAGAUGGUUGGAGCUUUUUCCCAGAGAGCAGAUCCACAUUGUGGAUGGAGAAGCACUGAUUCAGAAUCCGUUCCCUGAGCUGCAGAAGGCAGAGAAGUUUUUGGAACUUCCACCUCGGAUAAAGCCGGACAAUUUCUACUUUAACGUCACCAAGGGCUUUUACUGUAUGCUGUCCGCGGGACACGACAAAUGCCUGGAUGAGUCUAAAGGAAGACCACAUGCACCACUUAGCAACGAGGCUUUCCAGAAGCUUUGCCGCUACCUGCGAGUACCCAAUCAAAUCUUUUUCAAAAUGGUGGGACAGAGGUUUGACUGGUGCUAAAUGAUUGACAGCUCUCACAGAGACUGAGAGUUGUUUUCAAAUUACUACUGGCAACCCACUUUUGUGAAAAUGUUUUAAUGUUGUCAAAGGAAUAUGGUUAAAAAUGCCAGUUUGCAAGAGGGCUAAGCAGAGAGGCCAGCGCCAAAAACUGUUCUGAACAUUAAUACAUCCACAGUUUCUGUGGAAAAUAGAAUCUGCAGGACUUCAUGUGCUUUAAAAAACUCCUUGGAUCACUUUUAGCUUCAGAAGUCUCAGUCCAAACAGACUAUUGAUACGGAAAUGACGUUGAAAACACUGGCAAUGCCUAGUUACUGAAAAGACUGAACUUGAAAACUCUGUUUUCUCUAAAAAAAAUAAAGAAAGAAUGUGGAUAGACAACAAGAAUUGCAUAUAAUAAGAAAAAUAAAAAACUCAAAUGUUA